AUGAAGAUAAAGGUAACAGUCUCCAGUUUUGGGGAACAGGUGCUGGAAGUGGGAGCAGACGCGUCGCUGAAUGAGCUCCUGACCUUGGUCAAAGAGGCAUAUGGUGGCGAAGUACCCCUGAAAUCAAUGCGAUUUGGCUACCCACCGCAGCAGGUAGAGCUGUGUGGGCACGACGGCAAGGAGGAGCUCGGGGAGCUCGGGAUCAGCGGUGGAGAGCGUAUCGUGUUUGCGUGCGAGAGUGGGGGUCUGGACGCCAGGGAGUCGCGGAUUCCACCGAACCUGGAUGGCGCGCUUUCGCCGCCGAACAAGAUCACCAUGCAGCCCGGGAUGACGCUGGAGAUCCACGAGGUCCCGGACGACAACUCGUGUUUGUUCCACGCGAUAUCAUACGCGCUGUACAAGGACACGGCGACGUCGCAGCAGCUGCGGGAGGUUGUGGCGCGCGAGGUGGAGGCGGACCCCGUCGCGUACUCGGACUCGAUCGUGGGGCGGCCCAACCGCGAGUACGCGGCAUGGAUCCGCAAGCGCGACUCGUGGGGCGGCGCGAUCGAGAUCGCAAUCCUCUCGAAAUACCUGGCCACCGCAAUGUUCGUGCUGGACAUUGACGCAGGGCGCUACGAAAAGUUCAACGAGGACAAGUACAACGAGUUCAUCGUCCUCGUGUUCUCGGGCAUCCACUACGAUACGCUGCAGCUCAGUAUCGCUGGCGCCGCGGUGCCGCAGACCGUGUUUGACUCGUCCGAGCCCGACUCCGACGUGCUGCUUGUCCGCGCCUCGGAGGUCGCCUCCAAGAUGAAGAAAGCUGGCCUUUCCUUCAACACAUACCGCGAGCGGAUCCGCUGCAACCAGUGCGGCACCGUGUUGCUGGGCGACCGCGAGGUCUCGCAGCACGCGAAGCAGACCGGCCACAUCGACUUCGGCCAGGUUUCCGCGUACCAAUAG